AUGGAGGUUGUGGAUGGUAGAGAAUUACAGUUACAACAACCACCACAGAACUUGAAGGAAGAACAACAACAUUUUCAUGUGUUGGCUGUAGAUGACAGUGUGAUUGAUAGGAAGCUUCUAGAGAGACUCCUCAGAGGUUCUUCGUGCAAAGUUACAUGUGUGGAUUCUGGAGAUAAGGCUUUGAAAUAUCUUGGACUCAAUAUUGAUGAAGUUGAUACAAAUGAUUCUUCCACCGAGACUAUAUUGGAAUCAUCUUCUCCUCUUCCUCUACCAUUGCAGCUUCAAGAGGGAAUUGGCAAAGUGAAUUUGAUCAUGACAGAUUAUUGCAUGCCUGGGAUGAGUGGCUAUGAUUUACUCAAAAGAGUCAAGGGAUCUUCUUGGAAAGAUGUUCCAGUUGUGAUCAUGUCUUCAGAAAAUGUACCUUCCAGAAUUACCAUGUGCUUGGAAGAAGGUGCAGAAGAGUUUCUGUUGAAGCCUCUUCAGAUAUCAGAUUUGCAGAAGCUUCAACCUUACUUUCUUAAAUCUCUUGACAAUUCUUCAGAUGAACAUGAAUCUAGUAACAGUAUUUCUACAGAUUCUUCUGACAAUGAAGAUGUCAUCAACAACAAUAACAGUAAUGGGAUAAGCAAGAGGAAGGCCAUGUCUCCUGAGCCUCCAGAGAGAUCAAAGCCAAAAAUGAAAGGGUUAACGGUGGUGGUGUAA